CGCAAAUACGUCUUACGAAAUGACGCAGCGCGUGUUGCUCAGGUCCGCCAUUGAAACCUUAGGGGAGAUAAGCGGCUAAGUGAGCGAAGUUGUCUCGGUCACACACUGACCCAUCAUGUAUCGCCCCAAGCCAACUCUGAAGGACCGACAGCAACUGUAUAAGCUCAUCAUAAGCCAGCUGCUCUAUGACGGAUACACAAGCAUCGCCAACAGUCUCAUCAACGAGGUGAAACCACAGAAUGUAGUGUCGCCCUCUGAGCAGCUGAUGCAGCUGGCAAAGAUAGGGAUGGAGAAUGAUGACAGUGCAGUUCAGUAUGCCAUUGGGCGCUCAGACACAGUGGCACCUGGUGUGGGUAUUGAUCUGGAAUUUGAUGCCGAUGUCCAGACCAUGUCUCCAGAGGCAUCAGAGUAUGAGACUUGCUACGUAACAUCCCAUAAGGGUCCAUGCCGCGUCGCGUCAUACAGUCGGGAUGGCCAGCUGAUUGCCACUGGCUCUGCUGACGCUUCCAUCAAGAUCCUGGAUACUGAACGCAUGCUGGCAAAAAGUGCCAUGCCUAUUGAGGUGAUGAUGAAUGAGACAGCGCAGCAAAACAUGGAGAAUCACCCUGUGAUUCGAACACUGUACGACCACGUAGACGAAGUCACCUGCCUCGCCUUCCAUCCGACUGAACAGAUUCUAGCUUCCGGCUCAAGAGAUUACACCCUCAAACUGUUUGACUACUCAAAGCCCUCUGCAAAAAGGGCAUUUAAAUAUAUACAGGAAGCAGAAAUGCUGCGUUCAAUCUCCUUCCACCCAUCAGGUGACUUCCUGCUAGUGGGAACACAGCACCCCACCCUCCGCCUCUACGACGUCAACACCUUCCAGUGCUUUGUGUCCUGCAACCCGCUGGAUCAGCACACAGACACCAUCAGCGGCGUCAGCUACAACCCCUCCGCCAACAGCUACGUCACCUGCAGCAAGGACGGCAGCAUCAAGCUGUGGGAUGGCGUCUCCAACCGUUGUGUGACCACCUUCGAGAAGGCCCACGAUGGAGCCGAGGUCUGCUCCGCCAUCUUCUCCAAAAACUCCAAGUACAUCCUGUCCAGUGGCAAAGACUCCGUGGUCAAACUGUGGGAGAUCUCUACAGGCCGGACACUGGUCAAGUACACAGGUGCGGGGCUGAGCGGCCGUCAGAUGCACCGCACACAGGGUGUUUUCAACCACACGGAGGAUUACGUGCUGCUGCCAGACGAGCGCACCAUCAGCCUGUGCUGCUGGGACUCGCGCACGGCCGAGAGGAAAAACCUGCUGUCUCUGGGACACAACAACAUCGUCCGCUGCAUCGUCCACUCACCCACCAACCCCGGCUUCAUGACCUGCAGCGACGACUUCAGGGCCCGCUUCUGGUACCGCCGCACCACCACAGACUGAAACACAUCCAGCCGCCAUGUUUCUACUCUCCAGCUUCACUUCAUCUCCUCUUUCUGAGAAUACACAGGAUGCUGGGCUCAGUUGUUUUCAGUGAACUCAUCGCUGUUUUGUGAUCUGUAGUGUCCGUCAUUUUUAUUUCGUUGAACCUGCAAUGGAACUGAUGGGACAGUACUUACGAAAAGGAGUUGUCAUUGCACCAUCUUCAGAGUAAAGCAGUAUUUCCGUAGAUGUUUUCUCCGUUUGACAACAACUCGUUUUAAUUAAAGUCUGACUUAAAAAUCCUUUUACUGUUUGGAAACCUCAACUCUUCUCAUGCCUCAUAUUCCUCAGUUAUAUGUCAUUAAUAACAACAGAGUUGUUUUGUUGGAUUUUCCACUUUUAUAUUUUGUCUACGUCCUUUGUUGUAAUUCAGAUUUUUAUUAAAAAGUUAAAAGAAACAA